UUACAACUACAAUAAAACAGUGGUCAUUCCCGACACUGAAAACUACCUAUUUACUCCCCCAUCAUCCUCGUGCAUUCACGCAAUUGGUUACUGCUGCAGUCAAAUUAGCAUUUACCCCUUUUCAUGAGCCUGCUCUCUUCUUUUUUAAUUCUCUUUUAUUCUCCAUUUUCAUGUCUCUUGGUUUAUAUAUAGUUGUACAGCUUUGUAACUGUUAAGUUUCUUUUUUUAUGGAUAGUUUGCUUUGUGAUGAGGUUUUGCUGUCCACUGAUUGCUGCUGUAAUAAUAAUCAUGAUAAUGAUAAUGGCGAUGGUUUUUCUUAUACUGCCAAAGAAGAUUGUGAGGAAGCUUUUUGUUUAUGCUUGAAAAAGGAGUUCACUUACAUGCCUUCACAAGGGUACUUUGUUCAUCUUGAUCAGUCUCAGGAUUUGUUGUUUGCUAGAAUCGAAGCGAUUCGAUGGCUUAUUAAGUCUCGGAGUCGGUUGAAUCUCUCAUUUGAGACGAUUUUCAAUGCAGCUAACUAUCUUGAUCGGUUUCUAUCGCGGAAUCACUCACUUGGUUGGAAGAAGUGGAUGGUUGAAUUGUUGUCUGUGGCGUGUUUAUCUGUUGCCUCAAAGUUUAAUGAGACAUCUGCUCCUUCCUUGCACGAAAUCCAGAUGGAGGAGAUGGAUCAUAUAUUUCAGUCGAUUACAGUUCAGCGGAUGGAAUUGACGGUGUUACAGGAACUAGACUGGCGCCUUGCUUCUACUACUGCUUAUUCCUAUUUAGAGAUGACGGCGGUGAUAAUGAGCAAUGACUUGCUGAAAUCUCACUUGCAAAAGGAUUCAUUAGUUGCCCGAGUCACUGAGCUGCUUCUUGGAACUAUGCUAGAUUGCAGUUUUGUGGAAUAUCGACCAAGUAUAGUUGCUGUUUCUGCUAUCUGGUGUGCACUUGAAGAGUUAGUUCCAUCAAACAUGUUGAGCACCAACCUCUCCUAUAUUACAGGAUUUUUCAAUCAACAUCACAAGGAUGAUAUUAUGAAAUGCCAUACCAUUAUGAAAGAGAAGCUAGUUCCCAACUUGGGAAAAUCUAAUGGCUGCAGUCCUUCAAGUCCAGUGACGGUAUUGUUGACGGAACGGGUUGAUGUUUACGAUUGCCAUGUCGAUCUGUCUCUCUUUAAGGUAGUCGAAUCAACGGAGAAAAGAAGAAAGUUUGAUUGAAAGAAUUACCGAGAUGAUGAUCUAACAAUUUAUUUGUACUUGUUAAUUUUAUAAGGGUGAUUCAUCAAAAAACAAAAUUCUAUAAGGGUGAUAAUGUAUGACCCAUGUAAACUGCAGCAGAAUAUUAAUUUGCAGCCACAAAGUGGCAGUUUCUGUUGCAGCAGAUUAACUUGUUAUGCAAUUUGCAUUCAUGUUUCGAUACAUUUACGCAAGAUUGUUCAAUUGCAACGAAAAGCAGCUAAAUUUU